AUGGCUACCGCUGAGCUUCCUGACAUGGCCGCCGUCACCCAAAUGCUCCGACAGCACACCCCUGCGUCCAGCUUGGAUAACCCACUGACCGAGAUCGUUGUCUUCAAGCUACUACCAGCACAGAUGCCGCCCUCAGCGGCAACGCUGGGACGCAUCGAGAAGGAUUUUGCGGUGAACUCUGCUGGCGGCGUCGGAGUCCGACGCGUGGCUUGGGGCACCUCUCUCACGGAUCCCGCUACAGUGGUUCUUAUGUUCGACUGGCGGCGGAUUCAGGAUCAUUGGGACUUCUGGGCCGCAGAGGCGUUCGUACCGGUGAUAACGGCGAUUCAAGAGCUUUUUGAGCCUGGGAGGCCGUUGGUACGGCAUUUUGAUUUCAAGGGCCAAGGGAUGUUGGUGGAGCGGUGGCAAAGGCUCGAUGUGUGGGAAGCUGGAGAGAGUAACGUGGAAGCACCGAAGAAUGGGAAAUGGAAAACAUGGCGAGGGGGGUUCGCCGUUGACAUAGGUGAAACGGACUGGUAUGGCGCUUGCCUAGGGUAUGAGAGUGAAAAUGAGUUGCGAGAAGAGGAUGUGCAGCUUCCCAAGAAUGGUGAGAAGCAUUUGAUGGACUUCAGGUUUAUGGACGGAACAGAUAAGGCGUCGUGA